UUGUACCUCACACUAACAUGUGUUCUACCGAAUAAUUUGUUGCCAAAACGAGGCUUGGACAACUGUGUCCAGUUAAUUGUAGAGACGAACGCCCACGCUCUCCAGCAGCGAGCGUGAACCACUCUCCGUCCCGCCCCUAACCGGCGGGGCUUACUGAGAAUAUUCGCGAUCCCGCGAUUAACGAACACGCGCGGGAGCCCUACCCGAAAACUGAAAAUCGACACAAACGAAACUUGAGCAAGUCGAAGCGGACAGUUGACAGAGAGCAGUAUGAGAAAUUGUUGGAAGCAACGGAGAUCAUCCCAGUCUCACUGUGUCUAAAAUCUCAAUCUCCUAUUCACAUCUUCGACCGUGCACCUCCUGACUCCUGAGAACGGAAAUGGAGCUCAAACCAGGUUUAUCGGCCUUCGUCACCGGCGGCGCCUCUGGAAUUGGCGAAGCUCUCUGUUUGGCUCUGGGUCAGAAGGGAACGUUCGUGACGGUGGUGGAUUUGUCGGAAGUCAAGGGAAAGAAAGUUGCAGCGCUUGUGCAAAAAGAGAACGCCAAAUUUCAUCCGGAGUUGGAUUUUCCAUCAGCUAUAUUUGUGAAAUGCGAUGUCACGAACACAACGGACCUGGCUUCUGCUUUUGAGAAGCACUUAGCAACAUAUGGAGGUUUGGAUAUCUGUAUCAACAGUGCUGGCAUCAGUACUCCAGUACCAUUUGAUAAGGAUGCUGAUGGCAUGGGUGCUUGGCGACAUGCUGUUAAUGUGAACUUGAUUUCUCUUAUUGAUUGCACUCGGCUUGCGAUUCGAACCAUGCAAGCUGCACGAAAGCCUGGUGUAAUUAUAAAUAUGGGGUCAUCUUCAGGUCUUUAUCCAUUUUAUCAUGAUCCUGUCUAUGCUGCCACCAAAGGUGGCGUCGUUAUGUUCACAAGAUCCCUUGUUCCAUUCAAACGUGAAGGAAUCCGUGUCAAUGUACUUUGCCCAGAGUUUGUUGAUACUGAGUUGUCAUUGAAAAUGGAUCCUAAAUUUAUGGCCUUAAUGGGUGGCUUUGUGCCUAUGGAGAUGGUGGUGAAAGGUGUUUUUGAGCUUAUUAGUGAUGAGAGCAAAGCUGGAAAGUGUUUGUGGAUUACAAAGCGCAGAGGCUUGGAGUAUUGGCCGACACCUUCAGAAGAAAAAAAAUACAUGGUGAAACAUUCAAAGUCUGGACAAAGAUUGUCAUUCACAGCUCCGUCAAAUUUCCAAAUUCCUCAAAGUUUUGAAAAAGUAAUUGUCCACACUCUAAGCCACAAUUUUCGUGCUGCUACCAGCAUUGUGCGUGCGCCAUUGAAAUUACCUGUCAAACCACAUCAUGUCCUCGUAAAAAUUAUUUAUGCUGGUGUAAAUGGUGGCGAUGUGAAUUUUAGCUCAGGUCACUAUUUCAAAGAUAGUGGCUCCCGACUUCCGUUGGAUGCUGGUUUUGAGGCUGUGGGGGUAAUAGCUGCAGUAGGGGAUUUCGUCAAUGACUUGAAAGUUGGCACUCCUGCUGCUGUAUUAGCUUUUGGAAGUUAUGCUGAAUUUAUAAUGGUUCCUUCAAAACACAUCAUUCCAGUGGCAAGGCCAGUUCCAGAAGUUGUUGCAAUGCUAACUUCAGGACUUACAGCCUCAAUUGCUUUAGAUAAGGCAGGCCAAAUGGAACAAAUGGAAUCUGGAAAAGUAGUUCUUGUCACUGCUGCUGCUGGAGGGACUGGACAAUUUGCAGUCCAGCUUGCCAAAUUAGCAGGCCAUACUGUGGUUGCAACUUGUGGAGGCAAGGAAAAAGCUAUGCUUUUGAAAGAUUUGGGAGUUGAUCGAGUCAUAGACUAUAAAUCUGAAGACAUUAAAACAGUUCUGAAGAAAGAAUUCCCCAAAGGUGUUGACAUCAUCUAUGAGUCUGUUGGUGGUGAGAUGUUUGAUUUGUGCUUGAAUGCUUUGGCAGUUCAUGGACGACUCAUUGUGAUUGGAAUGAUUUCACAGUAUCAAGGAGAGCAUGGAUGGAAACCAUUGAAUUACACAGGGCUCUGUGAAAAGAUUCUGAAAAAAAGCUUGACUCUGGCUGGCUUUUACCUCCUACAAUAUACUCAUUUGUGGCAAGAACAUCUGAACAAGCUUAUCCAUCUUUUCUCCUUGGGGAAGCUCAAGGUUGCUGUCGACCCGAAGAGUUUUUUGGGCCUCAAUGCUGUUGCUGAUGCUGUUGAGCAUCUCCAUUCCGGUAAAAGUGUGGGCAAGGUGGUUGUUUGUGUUGACCCAACCUUCGGUCAACAACUGGCGAAACUUUAAGCAGUGGCUCUGAGAAACCACUACUUAUAGACAUAUGGCUUCCUCUAGUUUUAAAAGUAAUGCUGUAAAUAUUAACAUAUGAGUGCAGGAAAAGUUGCUAUACCAGUCAAGUGCCAAGGGAGCCCAUUGACGCCAGGCGUUGCUUGCUUUUGGCAGGGUUAAAUAAGUUCAAAGCCCCUCAAGUGUUCAGGGCUUGUUUGAUACCGUUUUCUGUUUUGAUUUAUUUGUGUGCGCGCACUGUAUAAAACUAAAUAAUGAAAACUUGUUUGUUCA